UAGAAUAUCAUAAAUAAUCGAUGCAUUGAAUUAUCUUUUGAUGGUCUGUUGCUCUCAUAAGAAAUAAGACUGAAAAAUUAAAUACUCAGGAUAUUUUUAUCUCUCGGAAGAGGAGCGGCUUCGUCACGCGGACGAACCUUUUUAACAAGUAUAAUCUCACGUAUGUGAAGCACCUAGACAAGGAAAAAUUUGUUUGAGAGGGAUACGAGAUGACACUAAAGCUUAUGAUGCGAAAGGUGUAGUAGUCCUUGAGUUAGCAGCAACAGUCGCGUUUGAUGCUUUGAUACGUUUAGUUCAUUCUUUUUCAUUUGUGCGUCAACACAAUCACAUUUUACAGAUGGAUUUUCUUAUACCUUUAAACAAUGGGGUAAAUCUAUCCGGAUGACACGAUGACGCUUCACUGGUGGAUGCAUUGGUUUUGGGUGACUGUAGAAAUCACUGUAAUUCUAGCCACUCCAUUACCAUCAACUACAGAAGAUUCAAAAAUUGAGCAGAACACGAGUAUUAUAUGGAAAAGUAUUACCUUAAGGAUAGCCUCAACUCCUGAAAGAUUGAACCCAGCAGCACCUACGAAAGCUAGUAUGAGGAUAGCCAAGGCCAUUGAUACAUACCAGCCUCCAGUUAAAGGAAAUAUAGUUGGUAUUGCAGAUCCUCCUAUGUUCAGACCGUCCGUAAAUGCUUCCAAAGUUUUAAAGAAUUCUCAUCAGAGUAUAAGAUUUAAUCAAGAUACUAAUAGUUCACGUAAAUUUAAUCCUAUCCUACAAACAACUAACGUCUUUUGGAGUGGACGAAGUGAAGUUCAAAGAGAAGAGCAAGAUGACAAUUAUCGUACUUUUGAGCAAUUUAAUCAGCGAAGAAAAGGUGCAAUUUUUUAUAUUUACACUACGUCUAAAACACCCGCUAAACGGAGAGAAGAAGAUGUAGAGAAAUUUUCCAGCUUUAGUAGAGAUGAAGAGAAUGAUUUGAAUGUAUUACCUUUAAAAGUAGAGGAAAGGAAGUUUAAAGUAGUUGUCAAUAGAACCCAAGUUACGAAAGACAUGGAUGAAGGUUCAUUAAGCACUAAGACCUUCAAUACAUCAGAGGAUAUUGAAAUAGAUCAAGAACUCGCUGAGCCUCGUGUUUCUGCAGCAACUGCUGGUCCUAGUCUCCAUGUGGAUUUAGCUGAGUCUCGAUUAAGUCGAGCUAGAAAUCCUCUUUCAAAUGACAACCGAGCGCAGGAUCGCUCUUUUCAGGAUGAUGAAGUUGAUAUAAUGAGUAGGGAAAGCUUUGUUGGAAGUGUAAGUGCUGAAAGUGUGAAACCAACAGCAUUGGAAAUCGCUGCUAUAACUGGUAGUUGUCUAGCAAUGGUUCUUUUUCUCAGCGCUAUUGGAAGCCUUGGUUUUGUUAUGUACAGACGCAAAUACUGCAAUCCACCGCAAACGUUAAAUAGUGAUAAAUGCAGCAAUCCUGAUAGUUCUGGAUAUAUUGAUGAUUCUACUAUAAGGGAUAAUUCUGAAGAAAUGUACAGUUUGGAUAAUGAUUCAUUUUUAAAUUCUCUGGAAGCAAUGACAAUACAAAAUUAUUGGACAGAUAGUGUAAAGCAUACGAAGCUAUGACAAAUGAAUAAUUAAUACUAUUUUCAGUUUAAAAAAAAUAAAAAUACCAUCAAAAAUAAAAUAAUAUAAUAAACAAAUAUUAUUCAUUAUAAAUAUAUAAUAAUUGAAAAAAGUGAAUCAAUUGACAGGGAAUUAGCAAUAUUCAAAUUAAUUUUUUUCUCUUCGAUAGUGAAAUGCUAGUAUUAGAUGUAUAGUGCAAUAAAUUGAUGUAUGUACUUAAAGAUAAAAAACUAUACAGUAAGAAAUUUGAAAAGACAAAAAUGCUAAAAGGACGAUUUGAAAGAGGAGAAAAUUCUAGCUUAAGUACAAAUAAGACUUCUAUGUGUCUAAAGUGAUGUAGACAUCGUUCCAGUUCUUACGAAAAAAGUAAAAAAAAUUUGGAAAAAAAUUCUAAUGUAUACAAAUUUGUAAAUAAGUCGAACUGCUUGAUAUUUUUUUUUUUUUAAAAGUGAUAUGGCUUCAUUCUUACACAAUGUUUGAGAUUUAAAGUCACUUAUAGACUGUUAAAUUUGUAAAGUAUUGUAUAACGUUGUAUUAUUUGCUUUGUUAAUAAUUAUUACAAUUUUAUUAAUUUAUAUGAAUUGAUUGGUUAUGGUUUUGGUUUUUAUCAUAGUAUUUUACAUUAAUAAAAAAGUUUAUGAUUUUUUACAUUAAUAAUAAUUGAUAAUGGAUAAUUGGACCAAUAUGGAUGUAGUUUAUAGCCAAUUGCCUUUAUAUAACAUAUCCAUCGAUCAUUGAAUAGAUUUUUAGUUUAUAUCAUUCACAGCAAAAGAUUUAUAGAUAGUUAAUAUGUGCAUUGGAAAAUUCUAUUUUUGUUAAUUUUCCACAUAAAUAAUUAAUUAUAAGCUUUUUAUUUCAAAUAGAAGAAAAAUUAUUUUGAACUUUAUUCAUGUAAAAAUUUUCUUUUUAAUAAAAAAACUGUCCAUUUGUGAUAAGAAAUCGUAUGUUUAAAGGUUUUAUUCAGUGUGUGAAAUCAACAUUGAUCCAUUUUACUGAAUUCAU